CGCACGACGGUAGAGAUCUUUGUCCCUAAAUCUCUAUCGUCAACCUCUCGCCCAUCGUAACUUAUAGCAACGAGCACUUGAAACAGAGAGCUCUACGAACAAACCCUAGAAACACAGAGCUUUAGAGAGAGCGAAAUGGGAAAGAAGAAGGCUGAACAAACGGGCACUGCCCCAAAGUCCAAAGAGGGGAAGAAGGAGAGACUCUCCAUCUCAGCCAUGCUCGCAGGCAUGGAUGAGAAAUCCAAUAAACCCAAUAAGAGCUCUUCGUCUGCCAUCGCAAAACCCAAAUCAGCCCCAAAGCUCUCUUCCUACACAGACGGAGUUGAUCUCCCUCCCUCAGAUGACGAAGACGAAAUCGAUGGCUUCACAUCAGAAGAAGCCGAAGCAGAAGCCAAGAAGAGAGCCCUUAAGCAGAGACUCGAUUCAAAGCCCCUUGAAAUCUCUGUAUCCGAGAAAGAACUAAAGAAACGAGAGAAGAAGGAUAUGAUCGCUUCACAUGUCGCUGAACAAGCUCGCGUAGAAGCCCUUAGAGAUGAUCAUGAUGCCUUUACUGUUGUAAUCGGUAGCCGGACUUCGGUCCUUGAUGGUGAAGAUUCUGCAGAUGCUAAUGUCAAGGAUAUCACGGUUGAGAAUUUCUCUGUGUCGGCGAGAGGGAAAGAGUUGUUGAAGAAUGCUUCGGUGAAGAUUUCUCAUGGCAAGAGGUACGGUUUGGUUGGACCUAAUGGGAAGGGGAAGUCGACCCUUUUGAAGCUUCUUGCUUGGAGGAAGAUUCCGGUACCAAAGAACAUAGAUGUGCUUUUAGUCGAACAGGAGGUGGUUGGUGAUGAGAGGACAGCUCUUGAAGCUGUGGUUUCCGCGAAUGAAGAGCUUGUGAAGCUUCGUCAGGAGGUUGCAGCUCUACAGAGUGGCGCUUCUGCUGAAGAAGAAGACGGUGAUGAAGAUGCAGGUGAGAAGCUUGCAGAUUUGUAUGAGAGGUUGCAGUUGAUGGGUUCUGAUGCAGCAGAGGCUCAGGCUUCAAAGAUUCUUGCUGGUUUGGGUUUCACUAAGGCGAUGCAGGGGAGGCCUACCAAGUCCUUUAGUGGUGGGUGGAGGAUGAGAAUCUCAUUGGCUAGAGCUUUGUUUGUGCAGCCAACCCUUCUGUUGCUUGAUGAACCCACAAACCAUCUUGAUCUCAGGGCUGUUCUGUGGUUAGAGGAGUACUUGUGUAGGUGGAAGAAGACUCUUGUUGUGGUCUCACAUGAUAGGGAUUUCCUCAACACUGUCUGCAGUGAUAUCAUUCAUCUACAUGAUAUGAAACUCCACUUCUAUCGAGGGAAUUUCGAUGAAUUUGAAUCUGGGUAUGACCAACGCCGCAAGGAGAUGAACAAGAAGUUUGAGAUCUAUGAGAAGCAAGUUAAGGCGGCGAAGAGGUCUGGGAAUCGGGUUCAGCAGGAGAAGGUUAAGGAUAGAGCUAAGUUUGCUGCGGCAAAGGAAGCAUCAAAGAAUAAGUCAAAGGGGAAGGUUGAUGAAGAUGAGGCCCCGCCUGAGGUUCCUCAGAAAUGGAGGGAUUACAGUGUGGAGUUCCACUUCCCUGAGCCGACUGAGCUCACCCCACCUCUCUUGCAGCUCAUUGAAGUCAGUUUUAGCUAUCCAAGUAGGGAGGAUUUUAGGCUUUCUAAUGUUGAUGUUGGUAUUGAUAUGGGAACUCGUGUAGCCAUUGUUGGGCCUAAUGGAGCUGGGAAAUCAACCCUGCUCAAUCUCUUAGCAGGGGAUUUGGUUCCAACUGAGGGAGAAGUAAGGAGAAGUCAGAAGCUGAGGAUUGGGAGAUAUUCACAGCACUUUGUGGAUCUAUUGACUAUGGAUGAGACCCCGGUUCAAUAUCUUCUCCGGCUUCAUCCAGAUCAAGAAGGGUUAAGCAAACAAGAGGCUGUUCGUGCAAAGCUUGGAAAAUUUGGGCUUCCUAGCCAUAACCACCUUACUCCGAUUGCGAAACUAUCAGGAGGGCAGAAAUCUCGAGUUGUUUUUACUUCGAUUUCCAUGUCAAGGCCUCACAUUUUGUUAUUGGAUGAGCCCACAAAUCAUUUGGAUAUGCAAAGCAUUGAUGCUUUGGCAGAUGCACUGGAUGAGUUUACUGGUGGAGUAGUAUUGGUCAGUCACGAUUCUAGGCUAAUAUCGAGGGUAUGCGAUGAUGAAGAGAAGAGUGAGAUCUGGGUUGUAGAAGAUGGGACUGCGAGAACUUUUCCAGGGACAUUUGACGACUACAAGGAGGAGCUACUGAAAGAGAUCAAGGCAGAGGUCGACGAGUGAAUCCAGCUUUCAAGACUUUAGGUGUGGAAGCUGGGAAAAAGGCUACAGGAGAAGUUAGCACUUCAGAAGAGGGUUUUGGCUGUACCAAAUGAGGUUAGCAGCAAAGAACCUAUUGAAUCAUUAACACUUGGAGAGAGAGCAGAUCGUUGCCAUGCUCAUGAACAAAUUGAAAUGAUUUACUAGAUUAUUGUACACAUGGCAGCAAAUGAUAGAGCACUCAUUACUGAAGGCAGUUCUGGUUCGCCCUGAAGCAUCAAAGUUUUCACUAGGGAGUGUAUUGUUGACAUGAUAUAUGAAUAAUCUCUGUAUAAGGAACCAUUUUUCAUGGCUUGUCCUUAAGGUCAUAGGGAAAGCUCCAAUCAAUGGGUUUAGGUUUGUAUUAACCUAGAAUCAUGAAAUGUUGGGGUUUCUAAUUGCAUAGUGGUUGAUGUUUCUGUUUAGUGCUUUGUUCAUAAAACGGGAAUAGUUUCAAAUCUGUACUGAAAAAGCACCUUAAGUUGUUCUGGGGGGCAAGUAGAGGAUUGAGUUUUGAGUUGUCAUUUAUGUAACUUUAAUCUUUGAAUAUUGCUCAUCGGCUUGGAUUGUUUUAUUUAAAGUUUGACCGACUGCCUCUGUUAA